GGAAUCUUUAUAGAUUUUUAAUAUCGGCAGUAUAUAUCGGAGCAUGUCCUUUAUACGCGGAUCGACCAUGUGCAUUCACUUAACCUCACAUAUGCAUUUUAAGAUAUAUUUGAAUAUAUUUUGUUGGUCUCAAUAAUUAUCGGAUUACAUUCACACUUAUGGGUAAGCAAAAGCGGCAACGGCGGAAGCCUCACAAAGAAAAUCCUACUGGAUUACCAUCCGUUCAAGAAUUUGAAUUAAACGAAGAACUUACGGAGAGUGAUAAGGAAAAGAUUUUGCAGAAUGUUUAUGACGAUGUACAGUCAUGUAAUCUUGAAGAAAAAUUGUCCGCUCUGCAAAUAUUGGCAUCGAUGUCUGGUGACUCUUCUAUGGCCAAACAAAUUGCUAAUGAUAGAAUAGCAAAAAUAAUAGGUCCACUGCUUUUAGAUUAUAAUGCUGCUAUACGAGCAAAUACCGCAUCUACUUUGCGAGAAAUUGCAGAAAAUGGCAAGGAGGAAGCAUGUAAUGAUUUAGUCAAAGAUGAUAUUGUAACUCCACUCACCGCAUUAUUGAGACAAUACUAUUCAGAUUGGAAGCCAAAAGGAGCUGGAGAUGAAAAAAUAGCUUUUGUUCAAACAGUUAGCUUGUUAUGGACGUUAUGUGCAAAUAAUGAGAGUGCAAUUAAGCGAGCUAAUGAUGAGGAUUUGAUAUCACUUCUAAUAAAGUUCUUAGAUAUCGAUAUUUAUGGAAUAGAUAUUGUCACAGUUGUUGUACGAUACAUGAUAUGCUUAUCGGAUGAGAAUGAUGCUGCCAUUAUUAAAAUCAAACAAAGCCAAUCGAUUUUAUUGAGUUUGUUGGAUUUAAAAGCAGAUAAUGAUACAGCUGCCUUCAAAGUAUUGUCUUUGAAAACUGCCGUAGCUGAUGUAUUAGUCAAUAUAAGUAAUUAUACAGAUAGCAAUCAGAUAUCUGUAUUCCAUAAAGUGUUAUUAGUACUUGCUGAAGUACUUGCUAUCGAUCAUAGACAAGUAUUAUCUUCUCUAAUAUCUAUUCUACCACAUGAAAACAAUGCUUUAUCAAAGGAUAAGAAAAAGAAGAUACAGGAAAAUAGAAAAAUAUUGGAAGCUCAGGAACAAGCUUUACAGAUUUUAGCAAAUUUGUGUUUUGAAUAUGAAGACAAUACACUUGAUUCCGACACUGAUGAUUCUGAAACAAUAGAAAUUGAAUCUGAAUGUUUAGAUGAUGAUUCUAUGAAUAAAGAUUUGACAAUGAUAUCAACGCUUCCAAUAGAACUAAUUGAAGUUAUAAAUAAUUAUAACUUGAUUAAUAAAAUUUGGGACAAAAUUGAAUUUGUAGUGGAUAAAGACAGUCAGGAAAUACUGGAUCAAAUCGAAGACGGAAAAGCUACAUUGAAGCAGUUUUAUGACAUUCAGUGUGCAGCUUAUUUAUGUUUAAAUAAUUUACUGCCUAUCAUGGAGGUUGACGCUUUUGGAGGUGUUGACAAUUUGUUUAGGAAAUGGAUGGAAAUUGGAACAGAGUUUAAACGUGUUACAUUGGAUAACAUAAAACUUGCGGAAGCGUCUACGGCUGCUAUGAGAGCUAUUCUUCAAUGUUUAGCAGAAGUACGAGCGAACGUUUUUAAACACUUAACUUGUAACGACAUCCAGCCGAUGUUGAAUGACGUGCAUCAAUGCUCCGAUAUGAAUGUUCGUAUUAAUUUGAUAAGAAUGCUGUGUAAUCUGGCACAGAUUCUGUUGAAUAACAAAAAUUCGGAAAAUUAUGAAACUAUAAAGCUUGUAUCUACGUUCUUAUUAGACAUCUCUAAAACGGAAACACAAAUAUGGAUUAUAGCAGAAUCUAUAGAUGCGAUAAUGGAUAUAUAUGCGGAGGAUGAAACCGAUCAUUUAGCGAUAGAUAUUGAAUUGGUUCCAAAGCUGCUAUCUGUGGUGCCACAUUUCAAAAAUAAGAUGCAUCAGCAAAAGAAACAUUUGAAAGACGGCAUGUCUGUAGUAUCGACUGUAAACACGAAUUUAAUGAGAUUUAUAAAAUAUAAACAGAAGCGAUUGUUUAAAUAAAAAUAGACAUUAAACGAUUAUUUCUAUUCGAUUUCUUUGAAUUAUAGAGCUCAAAUAGAGAUAUUUUAAUAAAUAACUUAUAAACGUUUUUGAAAAACGAAA